CAGUAUAUUUUGCGGUAUAUUCAUGGUGUAGUUCUUGUGGACGACGAAGUCUUCCGAUUGCCGGGCUUUUCCUUGACUCCCCGGAUUGUUUUGGCGUUGGGCGGCCGGCGAUGGAUUACCAGUACUUCGAGGAGGAAUCGGACUACAUCGAUCUCGACGAGGAGGAGGAGGAGGAGACGGUCGGCGGCUUGGACUUCAGGUUCGGGAAACCCGAGGAUGAGGAAGACUACUAUCUCGGCGAGGAGGAGGAGGAGGAGGUGAAUGAAAUCGGAGUCCUAGGUCUGCCCGAGCGACUCCUUGAGAGUCUGCAGAGCUGCCUUGAGCCCUCACUCAAUCAGGUCCUGCAAUAUGUGGCGCCCAUGCUGUUGCUCUGCCUCGUUUGUCGUCUCCUGUGCCUCAUGUACUCGCAGCGCAAGCGUCUCACCAGCCUGGCACCGCUGCAUUUGUUCCACUUCGGCUCCGGCCUGACCCUGCUGUGGUGGUCCCUGGGCCACCGACUGCUCCUCCUGCUCCUGCUGGCCGCCGUGGGCUACCUGCUGCUACAACUCCUGCGACUGGGUCGAAAAGGAGCUCAAGUCCUGGCCUUCCUGACCGUGGGCAGCCAGUUCUUGUACGAGCUACUUUUCUGGCGGCGGCGCAGCGACUGGCCGCAACUGCGCGGCAUCCAGAUGGUGGUCAACAUGAAGCUAAUCUCACUGGGAUUCGACCUGACCGCCAGUGGCCAGCUGCAGGCGCGGAUUCCAGGCCCACUGGCCUAUCUGGGCUACAUCUACAGCCCGGCCACCAGCGCCCUGGGCCCGUGGGUGAGCUUCAGCUGCUACAUCGACUGCCUGGUCCCCAGAAACGGCUGGCUGUUCAGUCUGCGCCGCCUGGUGCCCAACGCCCUGCUCUGUGUGCUGGCGGUCACCGUGUCCAACUGCGUGGCGCCCGCGCUGAGCGACUUCUUCGGGGACAGCUCCCACUUCAUGGUCAUGUACUGGGAUGCACUGAGUGUGCGCACCAGUCACUACUUCGUGGGCAUCAUGGCGCAGGCGCUGCUGGUGGCCUCCGAUCAGCGGCUGGACGGCGCUGUCAAGGAGUCGGAACUGCUGGGUCCCCUGGUCUUGCAGCCCUGGCUCAUCGAGUGGCCGCGCUCGAUCAGCUCGCUGGUCAGGAGCUGGAACAUUCCCAUGCACGAGUGGCUCAAGCGGUACAUCUACGCGCCCUGCAAGGUGGACAGCUCGAGGGGACGCACCCUGCUGGCCGUGCUCUCCACUUACUUGGUGUCCAGCCUGCUGCACGGCAUGGAUCUGCGCAUCUACGUGGUGCUAAUCUCGCUGGCCGUCUUCGCCGAGGGGGAAUCUCUGCUGAGACGGCAGCUCGCAAGCGUCCUGGAUGCCUGCAUCUCCGCGAAUCUCUGUCCGGGCAAGGAGCGAUGCCGCUAUGGCAACUGCCCCAGCAAGCGAAGGUGGAGCUCCGUUUCCUUCUGGCUGGUGAGCGUCACUAACCUGGCCUUCACGGCGCUGGCCAUCUUCCACCUGGCCUAUCUGGGAGUCGUGCUGCUGGGCGAUGCCCUCGAAGUCGGGGACGACAGCGAGUCCUUUCUCUGGCACUGGCAGCAGGCGGGCUAUCUCAGCCACUACAUCGGCGCGGGCACCUUUCUCCUUUACCUGUUCAUCUCGUAGACUCCCGAGGAACGUACCCAAUACUCGCCAUGACUGAUCUACACGUAUUUAUAUUUGUACUUUAACCACAUCCAUUUGUAAUUUUUGUAUCUUUUCGUAUCUUGUAGUUUGUAUGUGUGCUGUGUACUUAACAUUAAAGCAUUCUGUGAAACGGAAA